AACAGUUGCCCAGCAACAGAAGCCAAACUUUCUGCUGAGACGGUUAGCUACAAACUUUACUCUUUUGUCAGACUGAGAGGAUGAGUGCCGGACGUGCUUCAGAAGGAGCGGGCUGCAUCACCUGGUGGGGCUUCAGUCCUGCGCGAGACCUGCUGAAAACAGGCCCUGUGAAACGCGGUGGGGAUGUAAAUGUUUUACUGGUCGGCAGUGGAGAUCCACGACAUAUUUUGAAGACCAUUUCUGGAUUGCAAGAGGAAGAGAGACUUCAUUUGUGGGUGAUAGAGAGCAGCAUGGAGGUGGUGGCUAGACAGCUGCUGCUCCUCUACCUGGCACUGAUGCCAAAGGAAAGCAUGGGAAAUAAUGAAAAGACAGAGGUUUUCCUGGAGGUGUUUGGGAACGGUGAGAUCCGCAGUCAGACAGAAGAGACGCUGAGACACACAGCAUCGCAGCUUUCUCUGUCUGUUACUGAAACACUGGAAACAGCCACACACCCCUGUCUAAACACAACUCUCCUCAAGUUCAAGGAGCGAGAUGAGCUGGCCAGGAUAUUUAAGUUGUGGAUCCAACCUAAGUCUUCAUCAUCUUCAUCUCAGAGUGCUGCCCCUAUCCUAAUGUCCAAAGCCUGGGAUUAUCGGGUCAGGCAGCACCUUGGAACCCGCUACGACUCUAAGAAAGGCUGCUUCGACUGGGACCUGAAAAUGAAACUGCACGAGAGAGGGUGCGGUGUCAUCAACAAACAACAAUAUGCACGAUGGAGGGAGCGAGGUUUGGCAUUUGAAAUGAGGGAAGGUGUCUACCAAAUAACCAAUCCAAGUUUGCUCUCUUCCAGAGUGUUCAGUCAGAAAGGAAACAAAGUGGCUGUCAGGGGCUACUGGGGAGACAUUGUUUCAAGUCCUUACCUCUCCUUUGGCAUUGAGACUGAUGACAAGAGCAUGCUGAAAACACAGAAUGGGCAACACAUCAAGACAGCCCAGGAUAUCUCCUUUGCAAAUGUGCAGGACUUGUUCCACUCCGUGUCCAGCAGACGGGGCUGCCCCCCCACUUCUUCUCAGUCUGACGCAGAUCAGCCGCCACCAGAGUCUGAGCCAAAAUCUGUCACCAUCAACGAUUUGAUGCCUCUGAGUGGGAUCUCUGUGACCUUCCUGCCUUUGGACUCACUUGACAAACUGCCAGAAAAACAGAAAUUCUCCCACUUCUUUGACUCCAUCUACUUCUCUUUCAGCUGCGUGCACAAAUUGGGCCCGACGGUGAGACAGAUUGCAGCACCAGACGCUGUGCUCGUCGUGGAGUUGGCCAAGUAUAUUUUGGAUGUAAACAAAGAGCAAGAAGCGGGCUUUGCAGAGAAAGUGGUUAGCAUGGCUCUGGAUGCUGAAUUUGAGCCGUGGCGUGAGGGGAAGAGUGAUGACGUCCAUGCUGUUUUCAUACCAAAGAGGAACUAAAUGUGUUUUGUUUAU